GCUAUUAUCGAUAUAGAUUGGGUGUGUGUGUGUGUGUGUGUGUGUGAGAGAGAGAGAGAGAGAGAGAGAGGUGAUUUGUUGCCAGCCAUCAAUUCGCUGGGUCCAUUUCAAAGGAAGAGAGAAUCGUCAGAAAGCAGGAAGUCAAUUAGAUGAUUUUUUUCUCAUGAAGAAGUGGGGGUUUUGUGAUCUAUAAUUACCUGGUUGACAUUAAUGGAAUUCUCCAUUAUGGGUUUUGCUGAUAUUCAGUGGCUGAUAUAGAACCAAGCUUCUGAUCAGUGUUUAAUCAGGAACCACUUAUUGAUCAUAUUUUCCUCCUCAUUCUCAACUUAGUCCCGAGCUUAUCAGGAUGAAUUUCGUGGAUUUUUCAAGAAGAAUUCGCUGAUUGUUCUUAUAAGUAAGUUGGGUCUUUCAGGCGUUAUUCGAGUGAAAAUGGAGGAAGAUAUUGCAUCAAUUGUAGAAAUGGAGGAUCAGGAUGUAUCAAAUGAAGCUUAUACUGAUUCCCCAAAAGACCCAACUUCUGGAUCUCUUAGUUCUAAUGGGGAAUCAAUAUGUUCAGACAUGGAAAUCAGUGAAAAUCAGUUUUUGAGGGAAGGCUCUGAGAGAGGUGAGGGGAGUAACGUGGUCUUUUGCAAAGAAUCACACCUUUCCAAGAAAGAACAAUUACAAAAUAACUUCAAAUCAGAGGCUACAACAUUUGAUUUCAGUAAAAAGGAUGGAAAUGGCCAAGACAGAAGGCUCAACAGACAGGAACGAAUAGAACUGGGUCGAAUAUUUCAGGGUGCCAUGAGCUCUCUGGAUUGGGAACGUGCAGAGAGCUUACUUCCAUUAGUGGACACUCAAACUCUUAAUGACUUACUGUGCAUUGCACUGGAUUCUAUCUGGUUUUUGAGCACUGAGCAAGAGAUUCAAGGGGCUUCAGGGUUGAUCGAGAGGAUCAUUUUGAGUGGGGCUUAUGAUUUCACACGUGCAGCUCUUAGAACCUCUUUUCUAGCUUCGUGUGUCUCGGCUUGUCGGAGCCGGACCAUGAACUUGGCUGAUACAGUGACUGUCAUGGCUCAAAGGUUGCGUGAACGUCUUCAAGAAUGUAAUGGUGAUGAAGUCCUUAAGGCUGAAGCAGGAGCCAAAGUUCAAAAGUUCACUGAAUGGGCUUUGAAAUGCAUAGGCUCCCAUUCUCGCAGUCGUGGGGAUAGAGAAGGCGCAGUUCACAACUCUGCCACUGAAAUUCAACUUCAACUUUCAGCAUUUGGGGUAUUUCUUGAUCUUGCCGGUCAUAAUCUUACUGGAAAGGAUUUUAGCGAGGCAUUCGACGCUGCCUGCUUCCCUCUAACUCUAUUUUCUAGUUCUUUUGAUCCGGGCUGGGCAUCAGGGAUUUCAGCAACUGCUAUACGAGGAUUACUCGGGAUGUUGGUGGAGGGGGGUGCUGAUAAUGUCAACCAAUGUUUUCUUGAAGCCUCACGUUUUGGGAGCACAGAGCUUGUGCGCAUUUUGCUUCAGAUCGCCCAACGUAAUAGUUUGGACGUGGAUGUGGAUCUCGCCCUGGGCUUUGCCGCACACUAUGGCAAGAUUGGGACAAUGGAAUGCUUGGUUGAUGAGGGCCAUGCCUCCGCCUUCCUUGGCCCCUUGAUGCGCGCUGCGGAGCGUGGGUGCGCCCCAGUUGUGCAAUGGUUUGUGGGCCGGGGGUGCCGUGACAUGGAGCUAUGCCUCGCGCUCACUGCAGCCGCCUCUGCUGGCCGUGCCCACAUUGCUGCCCUCCUCCUCCCCCUUGUCCCCGGACCCCUCCUCCAAGCACUAAGCACUGAGAUCCUCAAAGCCGCAGGUGCAGCCUCCCUGGAGGGUAUCACCUUCUUGCUCCAAUCCAACUUCCUCGGCUCCCCUGAGGCCACCUACACUGCAUCUGACAUAGUGGCCAAAUGCGAGGAUGAGGGGGUGAAGUCCAAGCUGAAAGAAUUUUUGAUUGAGAAUUGGUCUGAAGAGGCAUUCAUGAAGGGGAGGGAGGAAUCAAGGGACCAUUAUGUCAACGUGAUGAGGGUGGUGUCGAGGGGAGGCUCAGAGUUGAGCAUAGGGGAUUUGCCUGUGGAGCUUAGGGUGGGGAUUGCGUACCUUCCGUUGUAUAGGGAGUGUGUGGCUUGCGGUGGGAAGCUGUUGUCCCAGAGGCUGAGGGGGCAGGUGGUGGAGGCAGUGUGGAGGCUCGGGGCAGGGGAUGUCGCAUCGAUGAGCUCACAGGAUGAGCUGCUCACUGUGUUUGAGCGCCACUUGCCGCCUUUUUUGAUUAGGGCCUCGUAGUGAGUGUCCCUCUCUCGCUCGCUCUCUCUCUGGAGGAGUUGCUUGCCAUCCUUGGGCUUCCCUGCCACCCUUUUUGCUCAAGGGCGACAGUGAUCUCUCUCUCUCUCUCCCUCUCCCUUUCCCAUGACUGUUGCAUUAUAUAUAUAUAUUGUAAAAUUAGCAUCACAGUGAAUUCUCUUAAGUGCACCAUUUAUAGUUUAUAAUCUACAUCUUUUCUUUCAGGGGCC